UUUUCAGUAGCCAGCAGGAGUAAAAUCCCCACCCACCACCUCACCCUCCCCUCCCCUCCCAUCUUUAUUCUCCUCUUCACAUGCCAUUGCUAACCUCCCACUGCUACGCCUCCCUCCAUCCUCCCACUCCCCUCCUUCCUCCCUACUCUACUCUACUCCAGGCGCCGUCGGGCCGGGUCAACCGACCAGCCGACCUGCUGCUCCGCCUCCGGCUCGAUUCACACGACCUUCCCCUGCCAUUCCCAUGUCGUUCCACUGUCGGUGCUCGUGGACGGACUAGUGAUUAGCUCGUUCGUUCGUUCGUUCGGCUGCAAUUGUAAUGGAGGGCAGGAGGCGCGGCGGCGGUGCUGGAGCUAGUACCGAGAUGGUGAAGUGCGUCUUCCUGCUGGUGGUGCUCGCGCUGCGUGGCCGCGGGGCCAGCGGGCUGGACGCGGACGGGGAGCUGCUCAUGGCCUUCCGGCGCGCGGUCACCGCGGACCCGCUCGGCGCGCUCGGCAGCUGGAGCUACUCCGACGACUCCCCCUGCGACUGGAACGGCGUCAUCUGCAACGGCUUCCCGCAGCGGCAGCAGGCCUCCACCACGCUCAACCUCACCUCCACCUCCGCCGACGGCAGCGGAAACGGAAACAGAAACUUCAGCACGCUCGCUCGCGGCGCCAACGGCACGCUGCUCGGCCUCAACGCGUCGAUGGCGGCGGCCACGGUGUCGCGGGUCAUCGGCCUCGUCCUCCCCGGCGCGCAGCUCUCCGGGUCGCUCCCCGCCGAGCUGGCCCGAGUCGAGCACCUGCGCCACCUCGACCUCUCCGGGAACGCCCUCAACGGCACCCUGCCCGCCGCGCUGCUGCUAAACGCCACCGAGCUCCGCGUGCUCUCGCUCGCCGGCAACGGCCUCUCCGGCGCGCUCCCGGACGCGUCCUACGCGCGGGGGCUCCAGGAGCUCAACCUCUCUGACAACGCGCUCGCCGGCUGGCUCCCCGCCGCGCUCCUCAGGGCGCCUGGGCUCGCCGUGCUCGGGCUCGCUAACAACUACCUCGCCGGCGAGCUCCCCGCCGGCGGGCUCGGCUGGCUGGAGGUCGUGGACCUGAGCAACAACUACUUCCGGGGCGCACUCCCGGUGGAUUUCGGCGGGCCUCAGCUCAGGUUCCUCAACGUGUCGUCCAACAGCCUCACCGGCACGCUCCCGGCCCGGCUGUCCGACGUCGUGCCGGCCAACACCACGGUGGAUCUGUCCAACAAUAACUUCACCGGGGCGGUCCCGCCGGCCGGGCCAUUCGCCGCGCAGCCCGCAGCGGCCUACGAGGGAAACCCGGGGCUGUGCGGCCCGCCGCUGAAGCACGCGUGCUCCAUCCCGUCCUCGCUCUCCAACCCGCCCAACGCCACCGACUCGCCGCCGGCGUUCGCGGCCAUCCCCAAGAGCGCUGCUCGGGCACCGCCAGGCUCUCCCGAGGCGCAGGCCCCGCGCGGCGGGCAGGGGAAGCUCAAACCUCUUGUGAUCCUUGCCAUCGUGGCCGGCGACCUCGCCGGCGUCGGGCUCCUCUUCAUGCUCUUCAUGUACGUCUACCACAUCAGGAAGAAGCGGCGGGAGGAAAACCCGACGGCGCAGCAGCACAAGAGCAUCGGCGGCGGAGCCAAGGCAUCGAGCGUCGUCGGAACCAAAGAAGACAGAGGGGCCACGUCGAGGGGAUGCUGCAUUGGCGGCGGCAAGAACGACGGCUCCGACAGCUCGGACUGCUCGGCAUCCUCGUCUGACGCGGCGUCCGACGACGGCGGCGGCGAGGACCCAAAGAAAAGAGCCGGGAGCUACAUCGGCUGGGGCACCCCGCAGCACCACAGCAAGAACAAGCACGAGCAGCAGCAGAAGCAGGCGCCCGCGCCGGCGACGCUUGUGACGGUGGACGGCGGCGACGGCGAGCUGGAGAUGGAGACGCUGCUCAAGGCGUCAGCCUACAUCCUAGGCGCCACCGGGUCGAGCAUCGUGUACAAGGCCGUGCUAGCGGACGGCACGGCGUUGGCCGUCCGGCGCAUCGGCGAGAGCGGCGGCGCCGACAAGCUCAAGGACUUCGAGGCGCAGGUGCGCGCCGUGGCCCGGUUCCGGCACCCCAACAUCCUCCGGCUCCGGGGCUUCUACUGGGGCGCGGACGAGAAGCUCCUCAUCCAUGACUACGCCGCCAACGGCAGCCUCGCCAACGUCGCCUUCACCCGGCGGUUCGGCGCGUCGUCGCCGAUGCACCUGAACCUGGAGGCGCGGCUGCGGAUCGCGCGCGGGGUGGCGCGGGGGCUGGCAUUCAUCCACGACAAGAAGGGGGUGCACGGCAACGUGAAGCCCAGCAACAUCCUGCUGGGCGCCGACAUGGAGCCGCUGGUGGGCGACCUGGGGCUGGACCGGCUGGUGUCCGGCGAGGCCGCGGCCAGCCGGGGCGGCGGCGGCGCGUCGGCGCGGCUGUUCGGGAGCAAGCGCUCCAUGCACUCCACCAGCAGCCUGCCGGACCUCUCCCAGAUGCCCGGCGGCGGCGCGGGACCCGGGGCGAGCCCGUCGGCGUCGGCCCCGCCGCCGUACCAGGCGCCCGAGUGCCUCAAGAGCCUGCGGCCCAACGCCAAGUGGGACGUCUACUCCUUCGGCAUGGUGCUCCUGGAGCUGCUCUCCGGCCGCGUCUACUCGGAGGUGGAGCUCUGCCAGUGGCACGCCGGCGCCGCGGGCACCGGCUCCGUCGACGACCAGCGCGGCCGCGUGCUCCGGAUGGCCGACCCCACGCUCCGCGGGGAGGCCGUCGACGGUAACAGCGAGGACGCGCUGCUCGGCUGCUUCCGGCUCGCCUUCGCCUGCUGCGCCAUGGCGCCAGGCAAGCGGCCCGUCAUGCGGGACGCCGCCGCGCUCCUCGACAGGAUCUCGGUGCCCUCCUCCACCGCCACCGCCACCGCCACCACCACCAUUGAAACUACUUACUGAUUGCCCGGCAAUAAACUGUAGAGGAUAGUAGUACGUACAACUUGGAUGAUCUUUACCAAUGGCCACCUUGCCGUGUUAGCCAGCCUCUUUUGUAGAUUUGUUGUCACUAAUUUUUGACGGUCAUGUGAUUAACCAACCCCGUUUUUUCAAGCUUGCUGUUUCCCCUGCUCUGCUCUUAUUGUAAUGCCAUUGUUGCAAGUCCUCUACAUCAUACUGCUCCAGUUUCUUGCUAGAACUUGUCGGUGCUGCCAUGGCACUUGGUGAAAAGAACUUUGUGCUAUCUUUUGUUAA